AUGGCUUCAGUCCGAAACGGCCGUCUCAUCUUCAACGAAGUCCCAGCGGGUGUCCCCGUGCCGGGCAAGACGACGGUGUACGAUAGCAGCCAGACAAUCGACCUGGACACCGUCUCACUGAACGGCGGGAUCCUGGUGAAGACGCUGUUCCUCGGUAUCGACCCCUUCAUCCAGGGUAAAAUGCGGAUCCCCCUGCCAGACAUACCAGCUUUCAAGGUUGGUGAGGUUGUCCAGAACUACGGCGUCGGUGUAGUGCUGCGCUCUGAGAGCCCGACGCACAAGCCCGGCGAUCACGUCUGGGGCACGACCCAAGCCCUCGGCGAGUUUCCGUUCCAGGAGUACUUUGUCGCUGACCCGAAAGAAUUCAUGGUCAUCGACAACAGGGAGAACCUCCCAUGGUCGGUGUUCCUAGGCAUGCUGGGUCUGCCCGGGCUCACGGCCUACUUGGGCUGGCGGGAGUUCUCGCCGGCGAAGAAGGGCGACGUGAUUUUUGUGAGCGCUGGGGCCGGCGCUGUGGGCUCGUACAUGAUAGUCCAGCUUGCGAAGAAGGCUGGCUGUAAGGUCAUCGCUUCGACAGGCUCGGACGAGAAGGUCGAGUACAUGAAGAAGCUCGGCGUGGAUGUGCCGUUCAACUACAAGAAGACGGACACUAGGGAGGUACUGAAGAAGGCUGGUGGCAUUGACAUCUACUGGGACAACGUAGGUGGCGAGACGCUGGAGGCUGCGAUCGACGCUGCCAAGUUCGGCGCCACGUUCAUAGUCCCGACGGAAUGUGGGAUGAUCACGACCUACAACAAUGCUGCCCCGCAGGGCGUUGGGGUUAAAUUACAGAAUCUAUUUUUCAUUGUACCAAAGCAGAUCAAACUCGUAGGGUACAUCAGCUCCUCAUUGAUCGAGAAGCAUGGUCAGGAAUUCUUCACCGUCGUUCCUAGCAUGAUCGCCCGCGGGGAGAUCAAGCACGCCGAGCAUAUCUUCCAAGGAAUAGAGCAAGCCGGAGACGCACUGGCAGCUCUCCUUGGUGGUACCAACAAGGGGAAGGUCGUAGUUCAAGUGGCGAAGGAGUAG